AUGAAAUCAAAGGUUGAGAAGUUAAAAACUCAAGCAAGACCUCUUGCAUCUGAAUUGGACAUUAUGAAUUUUGUCACCAAAAAGUUCUGUAAGUAUUUAGACGAAUUAAGAGAUUUAAAACAACUUACUUCAAGCUCCAAUAUGAUUGCCAGAAAAUGGAAGGAAUUAUUUUCAAAAUUAGAUGAAAGGCUAACGAAUUUGGUAGAAGCAAUGAUCUUAGUCGGAGAAAACGAAUUUGAUACUGAUAAUUCUGAACUUCCAGCAGUUCAAAGCAUAAUUUUUAAGGGUUAUGAUUUGAAGGUGUUCUUCGUUUACUGUUAG